AUGGCCACCUCGUCGCUCUUCUUCUACGGCACCCUGUGCCACGCCGCCGUCCUCGCACGCGUCAUCGGCGACCCGGGCGAGCACCUCACCACCCACGACGCCCUCCUUCCACACCACGCCCGCCUCCACGUCGACGGCGAAGACUACCCGGCCGUUGUUCGGGCGCAAGACGGCGCUCGAGUACUCGGGCGCGCCCUCACCGACGACGAGGCGUCCGUUCGAGGCGUCCUCGUCCAGGGCUUGACCGCCGACGACGUUGCUCUCCUCGACGAGUUCGAGGGCGACGUGCGUCCUCUCGUUCGUCCCUGUCACCAUCCCGUCCAUCCACUGACGCACCCUCGCGGCGCAGGAGUACACUCGCGCACCGUGCACCGUCGACCCCCUCCCUUGCUCCUCCUCCUCCUCCUCCGCCGCCGACACCCUCCCCUCUCGCACCUCGGCCUCGGUCUACCUGUGGACCGCCCCGCUCUCGCGCCUCUCGCCCUCGAUCUGGCACUUUGACCAGUUCCUGCGCGACUCGGCCCACCGUUGGGUCGGGCCCGGCGCCGAGGCCAACCCCGACUUUGCAGAGGUCGACCGCCGCAGGCGCAUGCGCGGCAUCAUCACGCCCCGGGGCGUGCGCGACAGCGCACAGGCAGCGCUCGCCGACCUCGAGGGUGACGUCGACGCCAAGCUGCGCCUCGACGGCGAUGGCGAGCCGCACAAGCCGCACGAGCCGUUCGGGCGCGCCCUGCGCGCCAAGUACUUCUCGCACGAGCCCGGCUGGAUCCCGCUCAACCACGGCUCGUACGGCGCCGCGCCGCACCCGGUCCUGUCGCGCAUGCGCGCCCUCCAGGACCAGUGCAACCUGUCGGCCGACCGGUUCAUGAAGCUCGAGUACGAGCCGCUCCUCGUCGAGGCGCGAGGGCGCGUCGCCGACUUGGUCGGGUGCGACACGGAC